AUGACUCCUUUGGGUUGUCGACUUUGGUUUCUCGCUACAUUUGCAUACGCGACGUUGAUGAACACGAUUCCAAUUUGUGGGGAUAAUGUAGUGAGUGGGGUUGAAGAAUGCGAUGGGUCACUGCACUGUACGAACUGUUACUGCGACGACGGGUAUAACGCAUACAACGGGUCUUGUGUUCCAAAGUGUGAAGUAGAAGGGUGUUUAAGUUCGUGUAUAUCACCAAAUGAGUGUUCCAUUUGUCGAACUCCCGCAUAUCAAAGUGAUUGUCACCGAUGUGGGGAUGGAUUUUAUCCAGAAGGGUUUUUAGAGUGUGUUCCAUUUGAUUUCAAAUAUGUUUCGACGUGUCACAAAGUUUUAUACGAAACACAAAGAAAAACAGUGCAAACAAUUGAAUUGAGUUCAUCCCUGGAAACCUCUCCACUAGUAUUCGAUAUGUAUAAAGAAGAUUUUGUGUUGACUCAAGAAAGCUGUGGGUUCACAUUUGAUAAAACUGUUUCAUAUGUGAAAGGUAUUUGGUUUGAGUUAACAGUGACGGAGAGUGGGUAUUAUGCAUUUGACACAGACAUGUUGUUCGCACAAGAAAAUAUCGAUUAUUAUACACUCCAAUUCAUCGAGUUUGGAUUUGACUCAGUCUUGUCAAUUCAAGACGUGUGCCCGUCGACGAAUGAAAGUUAUAAUGUGCAUUGUAUAAGCUACAACGAUGGUUUAAGGUCGCUCAUCAAAAGUGCAUCACUUGUGACAUUUCUGAGGCAACAAAGCUACUUCCUUCAUGUCUUCGGACACUAUGGGACAGUACCAACAAGUGACAUCAAAAUGUUUGUACACAAAAUGUCGCAUCCAUGCGAUGAAAGAAAACGAGUGUUGUCUUGGAACGAUAUUAACGAGGUUCGUGUGGUCACCGUUAACACGGCUAACUCAAUAACAAGUUCAACAAUAUGCUCAACGCGACAAGAAAAGGGGGAUUGGUAUUUAAUCCCAGGUUCCGAGAAAACAUUAUUAGUGUCAACUUGUGGGGAUGACCCUGCACUCGACACGUACAUUCAACUUAUAAGAGUUCCAUCGACUAAAAAUGGAGAAAUAAAAUCGUGUAUAGACCAAAGUGCUGAGUGUGUUCAAUACAGUGACAGAGGGUGUGGCUCAAAUGCCAGAUUAAUCGAACGACUGAGUGAUGGAUAUUAUUACUAUAUUUUUAUAUCAGCAACAUUAAUCAUUCAAUUCAAUGUCACAUUUAAAUCGGUUUGUCCAUACAAUUGUGUGAAUGGAUAUUGUUCAACGGCAAUAGGUGGAUGUAUAUGUAAUCCAGGAUUUAUUAAACGUGAUGAAAUGUGCACUUCUUGUGGAAAUGGAGUCUUGGACUUUGAUGAAGAAUGUGACUUGAGUGUUACUGAUGAAUACCCUAGACACUGUUCCAAAAGUACUUGUAUGUGUAAUUACGGGUACAGACCAAUUGCUAUUAAUAACGUUACAAGAUGCGCUUUGCCGACUUGUGGAAACAACAUCAUCGAAGACUAUGAAGAAUGCGACUCUGGAGUUGGGUGUGUGCACUGCGAGUGUGUAAAUGGGUAUCUUCCAUAUUCCACACCACAUACAAACUGUUUGGUAACAACAUGUGGUAACAACAAAGUGGACCCAGGAGAACAAUGUGAUGGGACAGUGGGGUGUUUUGAGUGUGAGUGUAUUAAAGGAUAUCAUCGCAAAGGAUUUAAUUGUCAAAAAGACAAUUACUUUUUGUAUUAUAUUUACCUUAUCGCGGUUGUAUACUCAAUCUAUAUUAUCGCAUUUUUCAUAUUAUUAACGUAUUUCGUAAUAAAAUACAAACAAAUCAACGAUGUCAUCGCUUUUGAGAAACAAGACGAGGGCCAGGAAUUGGUCAUUGGAACGAAUGAAGAACUCGACAAGUCCAAAACAUUUUAUUUGAACCUCCCGAACGAAUUUUUCGAUGUCACUCCACGUGUGAUCAACUUUUCACAAGAUAAUGCACGUGUUGAGGUUGGGAAGAUAACAGAGCGGAUGUGCUUGGUUACAAACUACUCGGACGAGUCAAUGAAAUUUGCGUUCUAUGCGACGUCUGACAAGAAGUUCCAAAUUGCGUUUCGCCCACAAAAAGGUGAAUUGAAAAAGCACUCAGAAAUUUUAGUGAAAAUGCGAAUUGUGUUACAGUGCACAACAAUUAUACAUGAAAGUGUCUAUAUUUCUGCUUCAUUUUCGCGAUUCAAGAAAUUACUCCGCACAACUUCAUUUGUCACAAAAUCACAGAAGAGCGACUCGAAGCGUCAACCCUCCGAUAAACUCACAAACAACUCCUUUUCGAGCCAUUCCACACGAACAAGUUUCUCUUCUGAAAACACAGACAUCAAUUACUUGGUAAAGAAGCCAAAGGCCUUUUACACUUAUAUCACUAUAGAAGCACAAAGCCAAUUAUCUACAAGACUCGACUGGGACGAAUUGUUCUUAUUCCAACCUCCAAUAGGUCAAGGCACAUUCGGAAUUGUCUUUAGAGCAACGUGGAGACAACAGGAAGUUGCCGUGAAAAUGGUCAAAACGGAUCAAGACUCUGCCCAUAAUUUGAUGCCAAGUUUUGAGAAAGAAGUUGAGUUACUUGAAACCAUGCGGUCGCCUUAUAUCGUCACAUUUAUUGGGUCUUGUGUUGCAGAAGAUUGUUUGUCGUUGGUCACGGAGUUCUGCACAUUUGGCUCAUUGAAAAAGUUUAUCAAAGAGAAUCCAGUCAAUGCAGCAAUGAAGAUCCGGUGCUGUUUAGAUGUUGCAAAAGGGAUGGCAUAUUUACACAACAACAAUGUGACACACCGAGACCUGAAACCAGACAAUUGUUUAGUAGUGAAUGAUAAUCCAAACAGUGAUGUCGUCGUCAAAGUCUCUGACUUUGGAACUUCUCUGCAAUUUAUAGAAAACUGCAAAACUUCCUCAACACGAGAAGUUGGAACACCAGUAUAUAUGGCACCAGAAGUUUUAACAAGUAAUAUCCUUCAUGGGAAAUCAGAUGUGUUCUCAUAUGCUAUUACUAUUUUAGAAAUUUGGAUCGGAAAGUGCCCAUACUCCCCUUUACUCUUCCCAGACAACGAAUCUAUUUGGAACUUCGUGACUUCUGGAAAAAGACUGGAAAUACCAGCGACGUGUCCUUACUCAAGAAUUAUCAAAAAAUGCUGGAGAAGUAAAGAAAAUAGAAGGCCAGCAUUUACUGCAAUCGAGACAUAUUUUCUUGCUUUACUCAAAAACGAGAAGACAUCAAACACAGUCGUCGAUGUUGUACAAAAGGGUGAAGAUGAUGAUGUAUCAAUGUCCUGUAUAUACAAGACUGUGGUAUUAACAGACAACAGUCCACCAGUUUCUGUCGUCCAACGCUCGAAAACCUUAGUCUAA